AAACUUUAAUAGAAUCUCUGGUAGCGCUCUCUGGUUGCUAUGCUGAGUGGAAUAAAACGUUUUUCAACACUACGAAUUAAUCGCUUCGAAUCAGCUGUUCAAGUUUGUUUUGGCGCCGCAAUUAACAAUUUAAUUUCGCAAUUGAUUUGAUAGGAUGGGAAAUAAGCACAAUAUCUUAUUUAAUUAAUUUCUUAAUAAAAAUUUAUUAUUAAGAAAAAUGUCUACACGACGAAAAGAUAUAUGGAAAUUGCUUUACAACCUGGUUUCGCGAGAUGGCACAGACUUGAAUGAUGUAUUUGCAUUUGUGGACGAUAUACUCUGCAGGGAACCGUCGCUUAUACGUCCUUCGUUGCGUGAAUUAAAUAAUCGCUUUCAAGACACUUUUGUGCUCUGGAUUAUAAACAAAUUUAUUAAUGGGCUAAGUGACACGAAUGUUAAUUGUAACACAAAUAGUUUCAGUACAGAGGGAAUGCGUGGACGAAAUAUAGAAUUACAGGAAAAGAUACUACAUUCUUGUCUGGUUAACCGUGCAUUGUUAUUUGAACGCUUAGUUGCAGCAUAUAUCCGAGCUAUAGAACAAUUGACAAAUGGGCUGCAAUUGCUUGAUGAACAACAGCAAACAAACCAAGAUGGUGGCGAGUUUGAACAAUACUUGGAAGUUACAGCAUUUUUUAGUGAAGAUUUAUGUUUGCGAGAGAUUGACGCAGAUUUUUCAUUCAAACCUAUACGUGUCUCCUAUCAACAAGUGGAUGAGCGAGUACGUUCGCUAUUGCAAGUGCUACAUAAUGCCGCUCUUAUUGGGUACUCAUUGUUUCCACAAAUAUUUGCCGAAUCGCUUCUAAGUGUGCUGCAAGUCGUACGUGAAUGUGAUUUAACUACGAAGUUGUUGGCGUUACGGUAUUGUCAAAGGAUAUUUGAAUUGGCAGGUCAAUGUACUGAAAUACUAGAACAUUAUGGCCAACUAACUAUGCAAGGGUUAGCGCUAAUAUGGGGUCAAGUUCCACUUUGGCUACACGCGCGUUGUAUUCGUUUGGAAGAAUUGGAUGGCUUUAAAGAUGUGAGCAUUGCUAUAUUGCGAGUAUUAAAGGGGUUCAGUAAUGACUUGCAGUGGACACGGCGCGCUUCAACUAUGUUGGCCUUAAGUAUUCUAUAUAACUGCGCUGAAUUGGAGCCAAAAGCACAGCAUAAAAACGAGGCUAAAAAUUUAGAUGAUCUUAUGCGUGAGAUCGUUGAAUUUAUUAUCCAAUUGCCGUUGGAAGAAGGCGAGGAAGAUGUCAUUGUUGAAGAUGCCGAAAAGCUUAUGGCAUUAUCUGAGAAAAAUGUAAACGUCUUGCUACUUUUAUCGGUGAUACUUGCGCGCGCAGAUGAUAAAAGCGAAAAGCGACUGCGGGUUUUGAAGUUCUUUAAAGAGAGAAUUUUCGAUACAUUGAAUAUGCUCGAAAUAAAAACUGAUUCACUAAAGCGCUUGAAGUAUUGGAUGCAAGCACUAAUAUACGCGGAGCACCGACUUUGCCAACGUAAGCAGUUAAAUGCUUUACGUAAGAGCACCGUCGAGCAAGUGGUACAGGCAAAUUACUACAGUAGUAUUAAUUUAUUUGCAACGUUAGUGGACAACGAAUAUACUUCACAGUUGGAUCGAGUUAUUUCCCGUUAUCACGAUAAUUCGUUUUUAACAGAUUUAAAAAAUUUCGAGCUUUCGUCGUUAUACGUUGAUAUUUGUGCAUUGCUUAUGAAUAGUAUUAGUUUACGAGGUGCCAUUGAGGUCAAGACACAGCUUAUUUUGUUACAACGCAUAAGUAAUUCCAUAGAAGCCGCCACGCAGGAACGUCGGCCGUCAUGCAAUUUGCAGGCAGCAGCAUUUGAGUCAUUUCGCGUGCUUUCCACUUUACACAUUGACGGACCAGUUGAGUUAACCAAUCAUUUACGAAAGCUCUUCGAGGGCAUACUGAGUAGGAUCUUCAAUGCGAAUCCGAUAUUAGAGUCGGCAGAAUUGUUAAUGAAGUUUCGCAAAACAUUCUGUGAACAUUUCCAUACACUGAUUGCUUGUGGCUGGUUAACCUUUGAGCGUGUUUUGCGCGAAUUUGUUGUUGCAGUCGCAGAUACGCCGUCCAUAUUAAUGGAUAUGCUGCGAAAUUCCUACUGUCCAGGUGCCGGUGCUGGCACAUGCCACUUAUUUCUAAAAGUGUCACCCUUACCCACAACUCAUGCAGACUUGCAGCACUAUAUCAUUGUUUGCCAACUUUGUAACGAAAACGUUUGUGCAACUGCAACACAUGUAGAGGCGUAUAUACGUUCCAAUAAAGUAAUCUUACUUGAGUGUAAAAGUCAAAAUAAAACUCUUGUGAAAGCGCAGAAACCGCUUCCGCUGUUGCCGGCGGCGGUGCGUCGCAAAUUAUGCGAAACUUUGCUCACACAAAAAGUCGCUGAAUUUACACCGAUUGGUCGUCAUCUGCACUUUUCACGCAUUAGCGCCGACGAUUUAUUCAGUGUGUUGCAGAGGGUGCAGGAUAUCUCUAAACUGAAUCUUGAGAUAUUACACACACUAGUGCCAAAAUUGAUUGCUGCCGGAGAUGAGCAACUUCUCAUGAAAUUCGCCAAAUUUCUGCUGCAGCAAAUACUGAAGUCUCUGCAAACACAAGCCACAGUUACAGCAGCGUCUUCCUCGAGCUCGUCCUCUUCCGUGUCAACGCCCGCCUCACAACGCCAGACUCAGCUCAAGUUGCUAGAACUCCUUACCUGCUGUGCGCACAGCGACAUAAGUGAAAUAUGGCUUUUUCAUCUAUUCAAAUUGACCUUCUUUUAUCUGCUGCACCCGCAAUCGGAGGUCGUGCAGGAGGCUGUGCUGUGCGCAACCGAAAUGUGCGCCAAACAUGGCUUGCAACCGGUGCGGUUGUGGAAUUGGUACAAACGUGAUGCGCUCACACUGGUGGUGCAGUUGGCAGUGCAGAUAUUCCUGAAGAACGGCGUGCGGCUGACACGCUCACUCAAAGCUUUUACUAAAAUGCUGGGUUUCUCGUGCGUGCAAGAGUUUAUCUGCCGUUACUACCGUCUUCUGACAACGAUGAUUCUGCCUUACUGUGUAAAGGAGCCGUUGUGCAAAGGACUCAUCGUUUGCAUUUCAAAAGUGACACGGAAGCCGAUCUCUACGAUUUUCGUCGCUUCGUUUCUGCGCAUAUACACACACAUCUAUCUAACGGAAGAGGCGGAAGUGGGGAACAAGUGCAUUGAAUUGAUUGUUAGAUGCACUGAAUUCAGUUUGAAGAAAUUAAUGAAUACAGAUGUGAAGCAAACGGUCUCGGAGUUCCUCAUCUACUUCAACCGCAAUCCGCAGUUUGUGAUGAAGGCGUUUCAGUGUCUGCUAUUCAACGAUGGGGGCAGCGGCAGCUCAAGCGAAGCUUCAAGUAGCAAGUCUUCGAAAAUUGCGAGAACACAAAGCGGCAACACCGGUGAUUUUGCAAAGUUCAUCGCCGAUCGGUUUCUAGGCGUGAUCACCUACUUCGAGACGUGUCUUGCCGAACCCACGUUCGAGAAACCACUUAAGGAGGAAGCGCUCUAUAGUCUGGGGCAGAUACUGCGUUUUGUGGGCGCCAAGCAUGUCACACAGUUCCGUUUUAAAAUCAUUGCCAUGUUGAGCUUUGUGCUGUCGCUGCAGGAUCGUCACCUGCAGUCUAUUUGCUUAAAGGUUUGGAAUAUCUUUUUACACAUUGUGAACAUUGAAGAGUUGGGGCCGUCACUGAGUCGCAUCGUGGCUUCGCUACAACCGUUAUUGGCGCACAGCGAAUCUGAGGUGAAUGCCAUUUAUGAGUUUGUGAUACUGAAGAAUGACAGUUUGCUCGGUGCUUACAUUCCCGAUUUGUAUUUUGUCGAGCAACUCAAGGGUGUAGCACCAACCAUAAGUCAUUGCGUUGCACGCCAAACAGAGAUACUGAAAAGUGAGCGCUCGACAUUGUUAGAAAAGUUCGAAUUUCUUUAUCGGCAAAUUACCAAUGAGAAUUCACAAGUUCGUAUUUAUGGUCUCACGUAUUUGCGUAACUUCGUGGCGGCACAUCGCGCCGACAUCAAUCAUAUGGUGUUGAGCGAGAUGCUUGUCGAUCCGCUAAUUGAGAAUCUGGUCGAUGCCUUGGUGGCUGGCUGCAAGCACGAGGACACAAAUUUGCAGUUGUCAUCGGCUAAGUGUUUGGGCGAGUUGGGCGCCAUUGAUCCCAGUUAUAUAACCACGAACCACACUUUCGAACAGCGCGAUGAACUGCCGCUGAGUGUGCACACCGAUGGAUUCGCCAUAAUGGCACUGAGUGAGCUCUGUCGCGCCUAUCAAUUUCAAAAGGACACCAAGUACGUUGAUAAUUUUUCUCUGGCCAUACAGGAGACCCUUGCGGUUUGUGGCGUAUCGCCGUGUGAGAAUAAAAAGCUGAACGUGUGGGAGGCGUUGCCAGCGCGCAUGCGUCAGGUGAUGGAGCCACUGCUCACUUCGUGCUAUACAAAUUCUCGUCGUGAGAGUACCUGCGCCGAUCAUCCGAUUUUCAAUAGCUCUUACUGCCGCAGUUACGCCGACUGGGCGUUCAAUUGGUCUGCGCGUCUCAUUGACUUUGUGCAAGCCGAUGAAACGAAGCAUUUGCUGAACUCCUACAAGCCGAGUAUAAAACGCGAUAACAACACGCUGAUCACAUUUUUCCCUUAUAUAUUACUGCAUGCGCUACAAGAUGGCAACGAGAGUCAACGGCAAAAGAUGUACGAAGAGUUUGAGGCGGUUUUUAGCUUCAGUAGUGCCGGUAUUGUCGAACAACCGGUCUACGAGGCAUCGGGUCUGAAGGAGUUCGUUUCGGCUAAAUACGCCACUGAUUUAUCAACAGCGGGUGAGUCGGCGCAACGGACGCGCAACGGUCAGACGGCGCAAUAUGAUGGGCUGGAACACAUUGGACGCACCUGCACGAAACUGUGUUCGGAACAAAUUGACUUUCUGCAGCGUUGGGUGCGCGAAUGGCAACGCAUAAACAGUGUUGGCGGUAAGGUGAAUGAGGCCGAUAAAAAUUAUAAGUGUGUACGUGAUUUUCUGCAACGCUUCAACAAACUAUUGAUAGCCAAGGCCAAUUAUCACUCCGAUGAAUAUGCGCGCGCACUAAUGUACUUGGAGGCGUAUAUUGAGGAGACGGACACACAUCAACGCCUGCAGGAGCAAAUUUCAUUUCUGAUAGAGAUACAUGGCGAGCUGCUGGACGCUGAUUCAGUCGAAGGUGCUGUAUAUGUGAAGAAGACGAGCCUCAGCCUCGACGAAGAGAUUAUGGUCAAUCGCAUCGUGGAUCGGCCGCAAGAGUUGCAGACCUGCUACGAACAGUUAAUGUGCAGCGACGAGCCCAUCAGUCAGGAGCAUAUAAAAGGCAUGAUUAACUGUUAUUUACGCAUGGAUACGCCCGAAACGGCGCUGCUAAUCACCGAUGGGCUUUGGCAGAAGUUAACCGAUCACUACACGGACGAUUAUUUUAAAGAAUGUAAAUCGGAACUACUAUGGCGUCUGGGACGAUACGAUGAACUGCAAGAGCUGCUCGAGGACUCAGUUGUACGUCGGAAAACGUCCAAUUGGAAUAUACAAUGCGCCGAAGCGUUCUUACUUUACCGAAAACCUAUCGUCGACAUGCCCUCAAAAGAGCAAGCAACCGAGUUGUCAGAUUUCACACAACAUUUGGAUGAGAUACGUCGUAAUGUGUUGGCGACAAUGCGCAGUUGCUCGGUUAUAAAUCACAAAUCAUAUCCGUAUUCCUAUGAAGAUGUUGUCAAACUGCAUUUGCUCAAUGAGAUGGAGAAGAAUAAGCAACUGACGCACGAGGUAAUUGACUGCUAUGGCGAUGCAGCAAAAGCUACGCAUUGUCUUACGAAUGUCCGCGAGUUCUUCACCGACUGGGAUAGGCGUUUGUGCGUGUUGCAGCCGGUGGUGCGCGUCAUGGAACCUAUACUCUGCUUCCGCCGCAAUCUACUCGUUGAAAGCAAGCGCUUGCUUUCCGCCGCUUCACCAAACACACAGCCAAAAACGUUGAGUCAAAACGUUGUGGACACCAUUGAUGCUGAAAUCGGCAAGUUAUGGCUGCGCAGUGUGCAGAUGUAUCGCGAAGCGGGUAGCUUGCAGCAAGCGCAGCUAUGCAUAAUGAAAGCGGCGGAGUAUGCGCCGAAGACGCUCUUCAUCGAGAAGGCGAAACUUUUGUGGCAGAAAGGCGAUCAGGCGCAUGCGUUCAAGUUGCUCGAGGAGCAGUUGGAGCGCAUGGAAACGCAGUGCGAGCGCAACGUACGCACACUCAGCGCGGGUGAUCGCGCGCUCUAUGCGGAAGCGAAAUAUCUGCAAGCCACCUACAGCGCCGAGUCAAUGAACAGCUGCGCCGAGUUGAAUCUGCGCUACUUUCGUGAAGCCAUACUUGGCAAUCACAAUUCUGAAAAAUGUUAUGUGCAGUUGGCGCAGUAUAUGGAGAAGAUCUAUGAAUCGUUUUCGGCGGAACAGCAACAAGGCGAUACCGGUCGCAAGCUGCUGCUAGAUAUCAUGGUAAACUACGCAAAGUCAUUAAAGAGCGGUUGUGAGAAUGUUUAUCAAUCACUGCCGCGACUGCUGAGCCUUUGGCUGGACUACACUUCGCGCUGCGCUUCGGUUUGUGAGGCCACAUCCAGCGACCCGGCACUCGCUACGAAGGCGACUUACAUGCAAGAGGUGGCAAAGAAAAUGAAUGAACUCUUAAACAACUGUGCCAAUGCGCUGCCCACCGCCAUCUUCUACACGGCUUUCUCACAAUUGUUGAGUCGCAUAUGUCAUCCGUCGGCCGAUGUAUUCGCUGUACUUCGCACUAUUGUUAUUAAGUUGUUGGAACAUUUUCCACAGCAAUCUUUGUGGAUGCUAUUGCCAAUACUCAAGUCGGCACAAACGAAUCGUGUAAAGCGCUGCAAAUUGAUUUUUACAGACGCGCGCCUCGCAAAGCCUCAAUUCCAAAAACAGCUCAACGACUUCAAUAUACUUGCCGAACGUUUGAUUGAGUUGACGAACAAAGACGUGGCACACGAUCGCACCUACGAACUGAGCGCGCUUGUUAAACAAUUGCCUAAAUUAUUUGAAGAUCCGAAAUUUUCGAACAUUUUGCUACCUUUCGAGAAGUAUAUGCAAGCGUCGUUCCCACUGACAUCUGGCACUUCGUCGUUGGACUUGAAUUUGUCGCUGGGCAACUUAGAGCGAACGUCGUCAUCCUCCUCAUCAUCGUCGCUAUCCUCCACAUCGACAAGUCCAUCGUCCGUGCCUGCGAAUCCAUUUCCCUAUCAACAGAUUUACAUUAGCGGCAUCAAAGAGGAGAUCACAGUGUUGCGCUCAGCGGCGAAGCCGAAAAAGAUUACGAUCCAAUGCAGCGACGGUAAGUGCUACGAGGUGAUGGUGAAACCGAAAGAUGAUUUGCGAAAAGACUUUCGUUUAAUGGAAUUUAAUGGAUUGGUCAAAAGGUUCCUGCAUCAAGACUCACAGGCACGUCAUCGUUGCCUUCGCAUACGCACCUACGCUGCCAUUCCAUUUAACGAGGAAUGUGGUCUGGUGGAGUGGCUGCCUAAAUUGAAUUCCUUCCGCGCAAUUUGUAACUCGGUCUAUCGCAUGCGCGGCUUGGGUUUACCCGAUCGUAUGCUGCGUCAGUGUGCGUUGCCUCGAACGGAUCCAAUAGAAAAGAAGCGCAGCGUGUUUCUAGACACGCUACUGCCCGCACAUCCGCCUGUCUUCCAGGAGUGGCUACGUCGCCGAUUUUCUACACCGAACAGCUGGUAUGAGGCGCGUUGCGCUUACGUCAAAACCGUGGCAGUUAUGUCUAUGGUAGGCUAUAUUCUCGGGUUGGGUGAUCGACAUGGUGAAAACUUGCUCUUCGAUGAGACGACUGGUGAUGCAGUGCAUGUAGAUUUCAAUUGCCUCUUCAAUCAAGGCGAACUCUUUGCAUAUCCGGAAUUAGUGCCCUUCCGUCUUACACACAACAUGGUCUAUGCCAUGGGUCCACUGGGUGUAGAAGGCCUGUACCGACGUUGCUGUGAGAUAACAAUUCGUGUGCUGAAAAAGCAAUCGAAAACGUUGAUGUCGGUUUUGCGACCAUUCGUUUAUGAUCUCGUGGCGCUGAAUCGUAGUUUUAGCGGUAAGACCAAACCCUCAUUGGAGUUGACCGAUCCAAAGGCAUUGAUGGAUGUGCGUCGCAUCGAGGAAAGACUGCAAGGCUAUGUCAAGCGCACUCAGGCCAAUAGCAUGCCUCUCUCCACCGAAGGUCAAGUAAAUUUUCUGAUUGCAGAAGCUACAAGUAUUGACAAUUUGGCUGCCAUGUACAUUGGUUGGGGUUCCUACAUUUGAGAAAGUGAUGUACCCGCGUUUCCAGCAUCUUAUGCGUAUUUGAAUGUUAAGUUUUUUUAUAAUAAAAAGUUUCAUUUUUUCAUU